AUGGUGAAAGAGACAAAACUUUACGAACAGCUCGGCGUCAAGCCAGAUGCUACUCAAGAUGAAAUCAAGAAGGGUUAUCGGAAGGCAGCACUAAAAUGGCACCCCGACAAGAACAAGGACAACCCCUCCGCCUCCGAAAAGUUCAAAGAGUGCUCCCAAGCCUACGAGAUCCUCUCCGACCCCGAAAAGCGAAAGACAUAUGAUCAAUAUGGGCUCGAGUUCCUCCUCCGCGGUGGCUCCGCGCCAUCUCCUGAUAAUCCAUUUGCUUCUGGAGCUCAAGGUGGAAUGCCUGGUGGAUUCCAAGGCUUCGAUUUCGGUGGUGGCAUGCCAGGAGGUGGUGGUGGAGGUACUCGGACCUUCCACUUCAGCACCGGUGGCAAUGGUGGGGGUAACCCCUUUGCUUUCAGCAACCCGGAAAGCAUAUUCGCCGAGUUCAUGCGCGGUAGCAGUGGCUUAGGACGAGAAGACGAAGACCCCGAUAUCAAUGCGUUCUUUGCGAGGGGUGGUGGUGGCAUGCCUCGAGGUUCAGGUGGUCGAACCCGCACGCGCAACAACUUUGCAAGCAGUGGAGACCCGUUCUCUAGUGGAGCAAGAGAGGCCACACCCGAUGUUACAACCGUCGAACGGGCCCUACCUCUUAGUUUAGAGGAAAUAUACACCGGCACCACAAAGAAGAUGAAGAUAAAGCGAAAGACCUUUGACGAAACGGGCAAGAGAACCACUACUGAUCAGGUCCUUGAAGUUCCUAUUAAGCCCGGUUUGAAGAAGGGCAGCAAGAUCAAGUUCAAGGGUGUUGGUGACCAAGAAGAGGGCGGCAAACAAGAUCUACACUUCAUCGUCGAAGAGAAAACACACCCGCUCUUCACCCGCGACGGCGAUGACCUGUAUCACACCAUCAACCUGGACCUGAAGGAGGCCCUGACUGGCUGGAGACGCACAGUGCCAACAAUUGACGAGAAAAAGCAACUCAACAUAGAAAAGAGCGGACCUACAGGCCCAGGCACGUCAGAUACUUAUCCUGGACUGGGCAUGCCGAUCUCGAAGAAGCCAGGCGAGCGGGGCAACUUCAUUAUCAAGUAUAACGUGAAAUUCCCGACGAGUUUAACGCCGCAACAGAAGGCCCAGCUGAAAGAAAUUCUAUAA